CAAAACUAUGCUUUGGAAUAUUUGCUGCUAUUUUUUUUUUACUUGCAUUUUGCUUUUAAUUGCAAUUGCCAAAAUCUGCUACACGAUGGCGGUAGAGUCACGCGCAUUAAACGUAUCUGCAGUUGAAGCUCAAAAUUCACAAGAUUUAAUCUCAGAAUAUAAUUAUAGUGUCUAAAAUCCUACAGUAAGUAAAUGCGACAUUUUAAAAUUAAAUAUUUUUCGCUUGAUUCUCUCAUUUUAAAUCUGAUUUGUAUGAAUCAGAGGAGUUUCUUUUCUAAAACUGAGAUCCUUUUCUCCCUUUGGGGCAGUGGAAAUACAAAUGCCACAGUGUGUAAAUAAUCCGAUUUGAUUUGCGCUCCCGUUGCGGACAGAUGUGCACGAUUCAGGCGCAUUCCCACGUAUUACAGUGCACGGACCCCAAUCUGGCUGACAUCACUGCGUCUGGUGAUAUAGAUAGAUCCGUAGUACCUCCUCCUUUCUCCUCCUCUCAUCCAGUGGAGCAGCCUGCGCGCACUCAGUGUGGCACUUAAUCACAGAGCGCACCGAGGCAGGACGCGGAGCGACGGGCGUGAUCCAAAUAGUAACGCAGAACUGAUCCAACAGAAAGAGGAGCUGCUCGCACUUUUCCGCGCUCUCCUUUCCACCGGAUCAAGUGUUGCGCUUCGUCUCCUCCAAGACCUCCACGCUUUGUUUGAUCAGCUCGACUCCGCGCCGCGCGUCCUUGGUUGGAGAUGUCCAAGAAAAGAGCUGCCCAGCCGGACUCCCGGGUGAAACCACAAGCUGUUCUGGGCACCAUGACUCGCCUGCCUUGUUUUUCCCCGGAAUCUGUAGAAUGAAGUCGGAUUAAAUCGAGCGAAAGCAGCGCGCAAAGAUGUCAGUACCUUUGCUGAAGAUCGGAGUCGUGCUCAGCACCAUGGCGAUGAUUACCAACUGGAUGUCGCAGACCCUCCCCUCUCUAGUGGGGCUCAACACGACCAAGCUCACGGCGGCGCACGGAGGCUAUCCAGACAGGAGCACGGGAGUGUUGCCAGCUAAUCCAGAGGAAUCAUGGCAGGUGUACAGUUCAGCCCAGGAUAGCGAAGGGAGGUGCGUCUGCACCGUGGUGGCGCCCCAGCAGUCCAUGUGUUCGCGGGACGCCCGUACCAAACAACUGAGGCAGCUUCUAGAGAAGGUCCAGAACAUGACCCAGUCAAUCCAGGUGCUGGACCAGCGGACCCAGAGGGACCUGCAGUACGUGGAGAAGAUGGAGGUUCAGCUCCGGGGUCUGGAGACUAAGUUCAAGCAGGUGGAGGAGAACCACAAGCAGAACAUUGCCAAGCAGUACAAGGCCAUAAAAGCGAAAAUGGAGGAGCUUAGACCGUUGAUACCAGUGUUGGAGGAGUACAAAGCCGAUGCCAAAUUGGUAUUGCAGUUUAAGGAGGAGGUCCAGAAUCUGACGUCAGUUCUAAACGAACUUCAGGAGGAGAUGGGGGCCUAUGACUACGAGGAGCUCCACAACAGAGUGUCAAAUCUUGAGGAGCGACUCCGCGGGUGCAUGCAAAAAUUAGCGUGUGGCAAAACAGGCAUCAGUGAUCCUAUCACCAUAAAGACAUCCGGGUCCAGAUUUGGCUCCUGGGAUGACCGAUCCCUGGCUCCAGAAGGAGAUACAAGGGUGUGGUACAUGGAUGGUUACCACAACAACCGUUUUGUGCGGGAGUACAAGUCAGUGCACGACUUCAUGACUUCGGACAAUUUUACAUCCCAUCGGCUACCCCAUCCUUGGUCUGGGACGGGUCAGGUGGUCUACAAUGGCUCCAUCUACUUCAACAAAUUCCAAAGCCAUGUCAUCAUCAAGUUCGACUUCCGUACCUCCUCCAUCAGCAAGUCUCGGCAGCUUGACUAUGCCGGGUUCAAUAACGCGUAUCACUAUGCCUGGGGAGGUCAUUCCGACAUUGACCUGAUGGUGGAUGAAGGUGGCCUGUGGGCAGUAUAUGCCACCAACCAGAACGCUGGCAACAUCGUCAUCAGCAAGUUGAACCCCAACACACUGCAGAUUAUCAAGAGCUGGACCACCAACCACCCCAAAAGGAGCGCUGGAGAGUCCUUUAUGAUCUGUGGCACACUCUACGUCACCAAUGGCUACUCAGGAGGUACCAAGGUCUACUACGCCUAUUCCACCAACUCCUCUACCUAUGAGUACAUCGACAUUGCCUUCCAGAAUAAGUACUCACAUAUCUCCAUGCUGGACUACAACCCACGUGACCACGCCCUUUAUGCCUGGAACAAUGGGCACCAGGUCUUGUACAACGUUACGCUGUUUCAUGUCAUCCGCUCGGAAGAGCUGUAACUAUGGACAAUGGAUUGUAUACACACAUACAUGUCUGUGUAGGAAUAAAUAUGUCUGCAAAACAGAAAAAGACAAUGAAAAGACCAUUCUACUUA